UUGCCUUUAUUUGUACUCAAUGGACAUAAUAUUUACAAUACAAGCUAAUAGCAUUUUACAAGCCGAUAGUGAAUGCAUCUAUACACUUAGGCCAAUUGUAUAUACACACUUGUGCUUGUAUUAUUGGGAUGGUCUCGUUUCUAUUUCCAGCACUUCCUGGACAGGUUGUCAGCCACGUGAACGAGAUACAAACUGACAUAAGUGCAAAUUCAGGGUUCGCCACUGCAGCUGUCAGCCAUGUUGAAUUUGGAGGUUGGGGUUGGUGAGAAAUAUCCAUUUUCCAUCUUCGAAUCUGACGUCAGUGGGCUGGGUCCUGUUUAUUUUCCCAGCUUUAAUUCGUACAGUGUUUUACUUCAAAACAUGUGAACAACUUUUCCUCGUCUUUGCCAUUUGUUAAGACCUCAGUUUUGAAAAAUCGUUGCUUCAAUUUGUCACUACGGCUUUCCACGUCUAAAACAAAGCCCAACUCUUCCAGACUGCAUAAGUUAUGAACAAAUUCUGUGGUAUUUAAAGGUUUGUGCUUUUUUUCCCCAGUUAUUUAGACAACUGGUGAGUUGUGACUCUCAGACAAUAACAAGAAUUGCAGGGAAAACAAGAAAAUACAACAACAGGAUAAAUUUCCCUUGGUGGUGAAUGUAUGUUUCCAGUGGAGAUUGUGGUCUGGAACCAGACGCCUCUCAAAUGUUUUACUCAGAAAAAAAAUAAAUAAAAAUGUCUUCACAUCCUGCCUGCAUGUAUAGCAUUUUAAAUAUAAAUGCACAGUCACUUAUUGUACCACUUCUGGGAAAAUGUGCAUUUGUAAAUCUGACUCCUGAGUCAUUCCUUGUGCUCUCGGAAGACCCCAACUGGUUUUGGGACAGGGUGGCUAAGGUAAUGAUUAGCUCGCUUAUGUCUAGGGCUGGCUGUGCCUGUUUUGUAGGGCAUACUUAGAAAAGAGUGGAGCACGAUAAUAUCACGAGGCGGACAAGCUAUUGUCCUCUCGUCUGUUUUGCUCUGCCUCCAAAUGCUGUGUUGUUUCAGUGAGUAUUUGGCUGGAGCUGAGCUCCAGAGGAGAGGUUACUCAGAGUCAUUGGUAUCCCCGCACAAUAGACACAGACCCCCACCACUUCUGCCUGGAACUCCAGGUUGUGAACCCCGCUGCCAGAGCUCUGGCUACAUCCUCCAUCAUUCAUCCACCCACCAGGCUUUAGGCUCUCCCUCCAACACAGGAGCUCUCAGUGCUGCUAAAUGGCUCCCCUAAGAAGCAGCAUAAACAACACCGUUCAGUCCAAGGCCACGGUUCACUCUGGAAUGCACCGCUUCGCAAUUCCUCGUAGAAAGCACUUUAUCGCCUCUCUCUCUCUCUCUCUCUCUCUCUCUCUCUCUCUCUCUCUCUGCUCCCUCCCCUCUCGGAAUAAACGCGUUGCCAUGACAUCGGUAGUCAGUGCAGUGGUUAAAACGCGCUCGUUCUCCUGGAUUUUAGUGCGUGAUGUGUUCAGUCAGCAACGUCGGAGUGCGCCGGCUGAGCUGAACGAAGCGGCUUCUUCGCUGUUCUUGUCCCCCGGUUCCCCUCUCCUGCACUCCCGCUGCGGGCUGAGACUUCCACCGGGCAGCCGAGAGACAGAAGCGCACAGCACACCUGGAAAAUAGAUGGAGGGACCCGAGCCGCAGCUGUCGCCGCAAUCCACCUUUCUCCCGUGGUCCGAGGGGGGAGGGCGCUCGUAAGCUCGUCUGAGUCGGGGUUUGGGAAUACCUUUCCGGGAUUUAGAAGGUUGGUGUGUGUGAAAGACAAUGUCCCGCGGCUCGCUCUGGCAGUCCCGGCUAUUGUUGGCGCGGCGGCGGACGCACGGAGCUCAGUGUCACCCGGUCCGCCCCCACCUCCACCUCCAGUAGCGGUUCAGGCUCUCGCGUCUCGGGCGUCCCGGAGUGUGAAGGAUGACUUCCUGGCAACGCAGCCGUCCUCUGCGUGUCCUCCUGCUCUGCUGCGUGGCGUUCGUUGUCUGCGCAGCAGCUUCCAGCGGCGGAGCCAGAGCGUGUUGGUCGCCCAGCGUCACCUCUUGCGCAGAUUGCCUGCAACGUGGACCACAAUGUGCUUGGUGUUUCCAGGAGGACUACCUGCACGGGACUGAGCAGAGCCAUCGCUGCGAUCUGCCGGACAACCUUCGCAGGAGAGGUUGCAGGCCUGAGUUCAUGGAGCGGUCGGACGUCAAAGUGGAGGUCGACGCCACGCUGAAUAGCACACAAGUGUCCCCACGGGAAAUCAGCAUCACCCUCCGGCCAGGUUCAGAGGCCAGUUUUGUCGUAGCCGUGAAACAACUGGAGCGCUAUCCUGUAGAUCUCUACUACCUGGUGGAUGUGUCGGCCUCCAUGCAGGAAAACCUUGAUCAUCUCAAGACGGUGGGCGUCGCACUGUCCCUACGGAUGACGCAACACACCUCAGACCUUUGGCUAGGUUUUGGCUCAUUUGUGGACAAACCUGUCUCUCCUUUCAUUAGUGUCCAUCCCUCCAAGAUCGACAACCCCUGCAGUGAAUACCAGAUCCGCUGUCGCCCGGCCCACGGUUUCCACCACGUCCUCAGCAUGACCGGCAACAUCAGCGAGUUCACGCGAGUGAUGAAGCGCCAGCGCAUCUCCGCGAACGUGGACACGCCCGAGGGAGGACUGGACGCCAUGCUGCAGGCCGCUGUCUGCCAGCGUGCUGUUGGUUGGCGGCCAGAGGCAAAGCGCCUCUUGCUCCUGAUGACAGACCAGCCGUCUCACCUCGCCCUGGACAGCAGGCUGGCUGGGAUCGUAACGCCGCACGACGGCCGGUGUCACCUGGACAGCAACGUUUACACUGGAAGCACAAAGAUGGACCAUCCCAGUUUAGGUCUGCUGUCUGAGAAGCUGCUUGAAAACCAUAUCUACUCCAUCUUCGCUGUGGAGAAGAUGCAGUACCAGUGGUAUGAGGAGUUGGUGAAGCUGCUGCCUGGAUCAAUCCUGGGAAAGUUGGGCCUCUUUCAGGCGCCGAACCUCAUAGAUCUGGUGGUAGAUGCGUACAAGAAACUGUUGUCCGAGGUGGCGGUGUCAGUGUCAGUGGAGGACAAGGCAGUCAGCAGGUACUGGGUGUCUGUUUCUCCUAUUUGUCCCCGCGGAUCCACUGCCAAGGACCAGAGCUGCUCAGGGGUGCAGCCAGGCCAGACGGUCUACUUUAAUAUUACCGUUGGCCAACGCUCCUGUCCUGAUGAUGGUGAAGAUGAAGAUGUGAGAAUGUUGGUGCAUCCGGUGGGCUACAAUGAGUCCACUGUCAUCAGCAUCCGCUCUAAAUGUCAGUGCAAAUGUGGACCAACAGGCCGUUGCGGUGGCAACGACCAGUCACCCUGCAGGGGAAGCCACCACGGUGUCAGUCAGGAGCAGAGGCCGGAUCACGGACACAUGAAAGACUCGAGCUCAGAGCCAAAUAGAAGUUGCAAAGCAGACGGGUCAAAUGUGAACUGCAGCGGCCGGGGAGUGUGCGAGUGCGGAAAAUGUGUGUGUGAGCAGAGCAGGCUUGGGGUGGUGUACGGGAAAUACUGUGAAAUGGACGACUUCUCCUGCCCGUAUGAGAAGGGACAGCUGUGUGGAGGCCGAGGCGUGUGUGUGUCAGGCGAGUGUGUGUGCGAGGUCGGCUGGACGGGCGACAGUUGCAGCUGUCCCACCUCCGAAACCAGCUGUCAAUCCGCAGACGGCUUGCUUUGCAGCGGCUGUGGAAAGUGUGUGUGUGGCAAGUGUGUGUGUACCGAUCCCAAACGAUCUGGAGACUUCUGUGAGAGAUGUCCUACCUGCCAAGUCAACCCAAAAUCCUCCUGUAAGAGUGUGGACUGCCAUCAUUCUCGAGGUCUCUCCCAAAAAGAGGCGGAGCUAUGCAACACCACCUGCGCUCUUCAUAUCGGCUCCAAAACAGAUUCUUCAGGUACAACAAGUAGACACUUGGAUUGUGGAGAAAUGUUUAAUUCCUGCAUGCUAACAGAAAUUAACAUAUUGUUGAGAUCAGUACCCGUCGCCUCUCUUAGAGGUGCAGCUCAGCACAGGAAAGACAGCUUAUAAUUUCCCCUCUUAUUUCUAUAAAUAGCUACAAUAACCUAAGAUGAGCUAAAAGAAGAAGCCAGUGCCACACAAUAAUUAUGUUGCAAAGCUAUGACAAAACUCAGAUAACCGUAGAUUGGGUAGUUGUUACUCUGUACACAUUGGGACAUGUUUUGUUUUUUUUAAAGCUAAAAAGCUGCAGUUUCAAGUUACAGUGUCAGAACAAUCCUAAAACUCCGAGGACUUCAUGGACUUAAAGCUAUUUAGUGUUCACCUCACAUGCUGUGCUUAUUGGCUUUUCUGAACACACAGCUCAGUGGGACGGUGUUCUGAGUUUGACCUGGAUAGAGCAGCAUUGUUUUGUGUGCACACAUUUCAAAAGAUUUCCUAUCUAACUGACCUUCCUCCUGAUAUUAGAAACAACAACAGAUUAUAUACGUCAGUGCAUCUAGAGUUUCUGAAAGAUAGUCACAAAAUUUGCCAUCAUGUUGGAAGUAGGGAUGGGGUUAGUAUAAUUCUUUGUAUCAACUUUCGAAAGCCAAAAUCAAUCAUUGUUUAUUUGGACGCAGAAGAAAGAGUUCAGCUGCGGACUCAAUAAGUAAUAUGUAAUGUUUUUGUAGGUGUUGUAUUAAAGAUCUGAAGUAAACAAGAAGCCUGGAUCACAAAAAUAAUGUCGUCAUUAUGGAAAUAAAAAGGACAACCGUAUGCUUCUGAUCAAAUACUUUAAAUUAACUGACUUCAUUUAAAUUCCAAAAUACUUUAUUUUCCCAAAGGGAAAUUAAAUGUUGUAACUUGGGCACUAGGUGGCUCAGUGGGUAGCACAUGAUUGAUGGAAGAGAUCACUUGAACUUCCACCUUAUUUCUGCUCUUCGGUACUGCUCUGCAUCCAUGAUGUAUCAUUUUCAACUUAUCUGGUAUUGGGGUCGUAUUACUUGAGCUUUUGAGAUGCUAAUCAGCUGCUCCCAGUUGUGAAAACAAUACCUGGUUGCUACGGUUAUUCAUUAUACCAACUUUCCCUAAGAUAAAAAAAAAAAAAAAACAAAGCAAAAAUUAUUGUAGCAACAUGAGCCAAAUCCGGAGGGAAUAGCCGUUAAAAAAAAAACAACAAAAAAAAAAAAACACAAUGCCUCGGGACAGAAAAAUUUCCGAACAAAAGUUUACGAAGAGAACAAAUCAAAUCUAACGUCACAGAGUCACUCCGACAUCCUCCCACCACGUGCAGCGCAAUCGUAGAGGCAAUCUAGGCGCAGUCUUACUGGAGCAACUCUGGCUGCCCUUCACACUCGGAAAGAUUUUAACGCAAUUUGGAAAAUAAUGUAGAGUCUGUCAUUCUACAAUGAAAAAUAUCUCUCCCAAGUGAAAAACAUUCAAGGCAGCUGCCAGUCUUUCCAGAGGUGGAUAUCCACGCGAGUUCAUCCAGAGAUCGAACAGCGGAACGCAAAUAGACGUUACAAAAGAGCCACGUGUCGGAGUCUCCCUGCUACAGAUUGGACGUGAAAUCCAAAACUGUACAGAUGUUUGAGUGGUUUUACAGAAGAAAACAACCAGCCACACAGUUUAGGGUUUCCAUUUGCUUCUGCACCAGUUCUUUAGAUGGACGACACCAAAUUAGAGAGACGUUUGGCCCCAACACGGUGUGCUAAGUUUAGCCUAAAUGCAUCGCAUUAUCUCAGCACAAAUGUGUGACAUCUGCCAAGCAUGGUGGUGGAAGAGUGAUAAUUUGGGGCUUGCUCUAGUGCAGCGUGACCUGGACAAUUUGAGAUAUUCUCAGUCUAAUUCAACUGUAAAUUACCAUUUGCAACUCUGAAUUACAUUAAUUUCCAUUGGUAUGAUUUAUCAUUUCAUUAAGAAUUAAUCAUUCUUGCUUUAAAGACAUCAGCUUUAAGGGAUCGUUAAAAUAACUCUUUGGGACACUUUAAUGUAUCCCAACAAUCUUUAUUUAGUACCUCAUGUAACAUGAGGCACUGCAAUUUUAAAAUGAAUGAAUGCUAAUUUAAGCUUCAUCUGCUAAAGAGGAGCUAUUACCACUAUCUCCAGUAUUUCCAGCUAGUGAAAUCUGUUGUUUAUUUAGUUUUUUUCACAGCUGUUAUCUUUUUCU